CAUUUCUCGUACUCGUCUUCUCCACACCAGAGUGAGGUCUCAUCAACAACAACGGCCAUGGAUUUUGCAUUCUCAGAAGAAGAGGUGGCUAUCGACGAGGGCCUCGGGAACCCGAAGCUCUGUCGAAAUCCCGGUCCAGGUCUAUACAGCCAUGGCCCUCCUUUCACCUCCACACCCCAUAUUCUGCAGCAACAUGAGGCUCUCAGUGCAAGGGAAUUGGAUCAUAUAUUCCCAAUUAUAGAUCCCAAAGCAAAACCAGCCACCAAUCACAAGGUUAUGGUUAAUUCUUCCAACUCAUCCCAUAUGGAAGGGUUUUCUAUUGAUAGACCUCCAUUCUUUUCGGGAAAUGAUUACUUUUAUUGGAAAAAUAGGAUGACAUGGUUUUUAAAAUCCAUGGAUCUUUGGGAUGUGAUCGAAGAUGGUCCCUAUAUUCCAACUAAAAUUGAAAAUGGAGUUGUUGUAUCUAAACCUAAGCAAGAGUGGGAUGAGUUUGAUAGAAAGAAAAUUCAAUUAAAUGCCAGAGUUAUCCACUGUUUAUAUUGUGCAAUUGAUAGAAACGAAUAUAACCAUAUUUGUCAAUGUAAAUCAGCUAAGGAUAUUUGGAGAUGGUUAGAAAUAAUCCAUGAAGGGAACAAUAAAGUUAAAGAAUCCAAAAUUAAUAUUCUUAUGCGUAGUUAUGAGUUAUUUUUUAUGAAAGAUGAUGAAUCUAUUGUUGAGAUGUUUACGAGGUUCACCAACAUCAUCAAUGAGCUCCAAGCCUUGGGAAAAGUCUACACAGAAUAUGAGAAGGUGAUGAAGAUUCUAAGAUCCCUUCCUAAGAAAUGGGAAAUUAAAGUGACAGUUAUCCAAGAAGCUAAAGAUCUCACAAAACUUCCUUUAGAGGAAUUGAUUGGAUCCUUGAUGGCAUACGAAAUCACCAUGAAGAGUCGUCAACAAGUGGAAGACAUGAAAAAGAAAAGUAUUAUUUUUAAAGCCUCCAUCAUUGAUAAAGAAGAAGAAGAAGCUAGUGAAGAAGAUGAGGACCUUGCACUCAUCAUAAGAAAAAUCAAGAAGUUCAUCAAGUGUGAGAAAAACAAAGAAAAGAAAUUUUAUCCAAAGAAAGAUUCUCAAAAGAAAGAAUUAUCAAAUGUAGAAAACAGAAGAAAGACUUGA